GGUGGUCUCUGUCGGGGGAGGAGCGACCGUGCGCGGGGAGCGUGCCGCCGCCGGCCGGUCGCUCAACUUGCCUCGCGCUACACUCAGUCGCUUCUCACGAGUCUUCGAGAGAGGCGCUUGCUGCACCUCAGCUCGCCCAACUCGCGCCGUUAUGUGUCGUACUUCGAAACAAGUUUGACGGGAAAUUCGUGAAGUUUUCCGAGCGCGUCCGGACUAACGUAGCGAUGUGCGCGAUAAUAUCGAGUCAAACGUUGACAAUUUAAAUAAAGUGACAGUUUAAAGUGAGUUAUUCGAGAUGUUAUCGAUGGGAUUAUUGGCUGUGUGGUAUGCCGCAUGGAGUUGGAUGUACCUCAGUGUCAGCGCUGCUUCGCUGACUAGCCGCGUCGCUGAGGCGCCUCAGGAGUGCGAGUGGCAAAGAGUGUCAGGAGAUGCCAGUGAAUCUACUCGUGUCCAGCUGGCGUGCUCCCUACGGACCGCUGCCGGCGCUACAGAUCUACUCGCCGGCCUUAGUUCAUCGCAAGCGCAACGGAUUACGGUCCUAGAUCUGCACUGUACCGACGUUCUCUUUUUCGAGAGCUCUUUAGAUUUUGGAAGAAGAAAAGAAGAAGGAACACAGCUUCUGUCCCGGUUUCACAAUCUCCGGGAACUGAGGAUAGAGUCUUGUAAGAUUCGAUAUGUUCCCUCUGCAGUGCUAUCACCGCUUAGUGGAUUACGGAGCUUGACUAUCCGAACACACAACACGGAUUGGUCUGCAAUGUCCAUGGAGUUUCACAGAGAUUCGUUUCGUGGACUUACCGACUUACGAACUUUGGAUUUGGGUGAUAACAACAUUUGGAACUUACCGCCGGAGAUAUUUUGUCUGUUGUAUAACCUAAAGGAACUUAACAUUACGCAAAACAGAUUACAAGACAUAUCAAACCUAGGAUUUUCCGACUGGGGCAACGGACCCACAGCACCUGGUAAAUCUUGCAACACUGUCUUAGAAACACUAGAUAUGUCAUAUAACGAAAUAAGGACGCUACCUGAUAAUGGAUUGUCAAGUUUACGUGCUCUUCAAAAACUAUUUUUACAAAACAACAGAAUAAACGCUGUUGCAGAUAGAGCGUUUGUAGGUCUGAGUGAUUUGCAAAUUCUUAAUCUGUCAACAAACGCCCUGACUGCUCUACCGCCUGAAAUGUUCCAGUCGUCAAGAGAUAUUAAACAAAUAUACUUAAACAAUAACUCGCUAAGCGUUUUAGCGCCUGGAUUAUUGGAAGGAUUGGAUCAAUUACAGAUAUUAGACCUAUCAGUGAAUGAAUUGACAAGUGAGUGGGUUAACAGAGACACAUUUUCUGGACUGGUUCGUUUAAUAGUUUUGAAUUUAUCGCAUAACAGAAUAACAAAAAUAGAUGCAUUAUUAUUUCAAGAUUUAAAUAACCUACAAUUUCUAAGUUUGGAGCACAACAAUGUAGCACGCGUUGCCGAUGGUGCAUUUUCUAACUUGAAGAACUUGCACUCGCUUUCUCUGGCUCAUAACAACAUAUUAGAAGUGGACAGCGGACAUUUUUCAAACCUCUACGUCUUGAAUCAAUUAUUCCUCGAUGGUAAUAGAAUAACGAAAGUCGACUUACGUUCUUUCGAGAAUAUAACUAAGCUUCAUGAUCUGGGUCUAAGUGGAAAUCAGUUAUCCGAAGUUCCAGAAGCUAUCAAGACCCUUCGAUUCCUAACAUCCCUCGACUUGGGCAUGAACAGGAUAACAAAAGUCACAACUUCGCAAUUUGAAGGACUAGACGAUUUGUAUGGCUUGCGACUUGUGGGAAAUAAAAUCGAGAAAAUAUCAAAGGAUACUUUCGCCGCCUUACCUUCGCUACAAAUAUUAAACUUGGCUUCAAAUAACAUAGAUCAAAUAGAUGACGGAGCUUUUGCUUCAAACCAACAGUUAAAAGCAAUCGGACUGGACGGGAACAAACUUGUCGACUUGAAGGGAAUAUUUACUAACACCCAACCGCUCGUCUGGUUGAACGUAUCUAACAACGAGUUGCUUUGGUUUGAUUAUAGCCAUAUCCCUACAAAUCUGGAAUGGCUCGACAUGCAUGAAAACAAAAUAGAGAAGCUUGAGGACACAUAUGGCUUGAAAGAAUCUUGUUCAGUCAAAAUGCUUGACGUAAGUUACAAUAAAUUGAGGAGCAUUGAUGAAUUCUCAUUUCCAAGCAGCAUAGAAACAGUUGUUCUGAAUAAUAACAAUAUUGACAAAAUUAGCCCGGGCACGUUUCUACAAAAGUACAAUUUGAACAAAGUUAUUUUGUAUGCAAACAAAAUAAGGACUCUAGAGCUAGGCGCCUUCGCAAUAUCAACCGUUUCAGAUGACAAAGAUUUACCAGAGUUUUACAUUAGCGAAAAUCCAUUUGAGUGUGAUUGCACAAUGGAAUGGCUGCAGACAAUUAACCAAUUAAGUGACCUCAGGCAGCGCCCGAGAGUAAUGGAUUUAGAAAGUGUAAGGUGCUCUUUAACCCAUUCACGAACCAGAUCGGAUAUGCUAUUGCUUGAAGUAAAGUCUUCAGAAUUUCUGUGCGAGUACGAGUCACAUUGUUUCGCGGUAUGCCAUUGUUGUGACUUUGAUGCCUGUGAUUGUAAGAUGACUUGUCCAGAUAAAUGCUCGUGUUAUCAUGAUCAAACUUGGACCACCACAAACGUGGUCGAUUGUUCAAACGCUGGUUACGAUCACGUGCCGGACAGAAUACCAAUGGACGCGACCGAAAUAUACUUAGAUGGAAACGACUUAAAAGAGUUAGGGAAUCACGUUUUCAUCGGCAAGAAAAAGUUACAAGUUUUGUAUCUUAAUAAUAGCAAUAUCAACACAAUACAAAAUAGAACAUUCAACGGUAUUGAGUCAUUGAGGAUUCUUCACUUAGAAAACAAUAAAUUAGAAGUACUGAGAAAUACACAAUUCACAAGAUUACCAAACUUGAAUGAGCUUUAUCUUAGCGAAAAUAAGAUUAAAGUUAUAGAAAAUGAUACAUUUAAUUACUUGCCUUCUCUGGAGUUUUUAGCCCUUGACAAUAACGGUUACGUUGAUUACAUGCCAUGGAGAGUUAUUACAGACAACGAUCCCCGUACACGAGUCUCGGUUGAUGGGAAUAACUGGAUUUGCGAUUGUAAAGACGUGAACCAGCUGAAUCAAUGGCUGAUCAAAAAGUCUAAAGAUACAGAGACUAUGAUGUGCUACUUUGCUCACGGUCAAGCUAUGAAUAAAACUAUUGCAACAGUGGCAAAGGAAUGUAAAACUGAGACAACUACAGAAGAGACCGGUACCGAGACACUAAAACGAUUAUUCAUCGAAUCAAAUGACGGAGUCGAAAAUUACAUUCCAUAUAUCGCUGCAGUACUGAUAAUAGCAAUUAUACUACUACUUAUGUGUGCUUUGCUCUUCAUGUUCCGGGAAGAUUUCAAAUUAUGGAUGCAUUCGAAAUACGGUGUAAGAGUAUUCACUUCAACGCCGAAAGAUAUGAAUGACAACAAAAACAAACGGUUCGACGCUUUUUUUGUAUACAAUCCACGAGACGAAGACUUCGUGACUCGCGCGGUUAGUUCCGAACUAGAAAAUAUGGGACACACGUUGUGUUUACAACACAGAGACUUGCCUUUAGUUGAAAGGCGUUCUGGUGAUAGUUUAGUGAGUGCCUCAGAAAGUUCUAAAAGACUCGUUAUAGUGCUCUCGAUAACCUUCUUACAACAGGAGUGGUAUGCGGCGGAAUCGAAUGCGGCUAUACAAAGUGCUAUAAACUCAGUGAACGUUAGGCAUAGACGUCAAAAGAUCAUAUUUUUAGUGACGACAGAUUUAAGUGCCAUAAACAUUGAUCCGGACUUAAAAGUGUUACUCAAAACAUGUACAGUGAUUGUGUGGGGUGAGAGGAACUGUUGGGAAAAACUAAAUUUUCGGUUACCGGAUGUGGACGUGACUCUACCAAAUCGGACGCUUCAUAAUGCUAAUAACUUGAAAAGUGCUAAUAGGGAGGCGUUUGGCAGACAUGGGAAUUUGAGGUAUACUGCGCCGCCGACGUCUCAUGAUCCUUGGUAUAAGUAUGGAAUGAACCCGCCUGGUUUGAUGAUGUCGAGCCCGAUGCACUCGACCAGCGCGAGCGCAGAGGUGUCCGCGCGCAGCACGGAGGACGAAACGUGUUCGGUAGCGAGUAGCGAAGGUCGCCCCGACGACCGCCUCCCGCACCACCACAGUUACGUCUCCAUAGACAACCACCAGUGCGAGGAACGUCCUCUCAGGCCCGCUCAACAAAUUCCCAUGUCAAGCACAACUCACCCCAGAAAGACUUAUUUUGUCUAAGUAUUAAUUAAAUGUAAAUAAAAUUGUAAGAUACAUUUUGUAAUUAACUGGCAUAUUUAAUGGACGCAGUUGUAUGUGUAAGCUUAUCUUUGUUGGUGCUGUAAUAUAAAAUUGAAAAUCUGUAGUCAGUCUUUUAUGCCAGACUCGAAAAAACUUUUUUUUAUUGUACUGUAAGUACUAUCUUUUGAUGUUUAUAAAAUCUGAACAUAUUUGUAGUAUCUUUUGUACCUGUUUGAAUAGCAUUCGUUGUCCUCUUCUCUUCAUGAGUUCUUUGUAGAUAGAUGAAGUUAUGUAAACCCAUACAUUCCUUUUUGCAUACAUGUAUAGGUUGUAAUGAACGAGUAAUACUGUAUCUUACUACAUUGGUACUUUAAGGUUCCUGAUUAUAUUUUAAGUACUGACAUGCUGAGUAUUUGUGAUAAUGUUAGGUACUUAUUGAAUUUAUCAUGUGAAGUGAGAACUGUGUGGAAAUAUGUAAUGUAAAUAUUAUUAUUUAAGUAAAAGGUAUUGCAGAACUGAAAUGUACCCUAGUCAAUUGUAAAUAGCUAUAUUGUAAGAAGUAUACGUAUAAGUAAAUAAUUUUGUGAUGUAAUGUUUAGCUAGGAUAUACAAUUUUUCGUAUUUAUUACGCUUCCAAACGCAGAGUAUGAAUAAAAUAAUAUUUUUAUCUACUAAA